UCUUUUGGGAGUUUAUUUUGAACAUUUCAAAGGAUUGUUGCGCAUGAAGUGACACUGGCGCGCUCCCGCCCUCAUCGUGUGAGUGUAUGUGUGUAUUUACUCCCUUCUCUUUGCAUCUAUGCGUUGACGUCUGCUCUCCGCUCAGUCUGCUGCUGCGCAUCCACAGCGGAGCCACCACGCCGGGGAGGCGGACGGAUUGUAGCUAACCUCGGCCAGCGGUGCUGGGUCAUAGCGCCGGUGGAGGAGGGGGAGGGGGGGCGGCAGCACACUGUUCUCCUUGCCCUCCCGAAACCCUGCACAGCCUCAAAGCAUUUAGGACAUCAUCACCUCAGCGCGACCUGGAAUAGUUUAUUUUUUGUUUUGUUUUUGUUAGGUUUUAUUUAUUUAUUUUUUAUUAUUAUUAUUAUUUUUUUUACUUUCCCCCAUUUUUUUCUUUCCUUUUUUCUUCGUUUCUUUUUCUUUUUAAUUUUUUGGACCCAGACGCACCAAGUUGCUGCUGCAGAGGCGCACUUUUCUCCGUGGCUUCUCUCUCCUUUUGCGCUCACAAUCCGACAUGGAAGAUGGUCCGUCUUCAACAAGCUGUUUCAGAAGGUUAACGGACUGUUUCCUUGGUGCAAGCUUGACAGAUGAGAAAGUGAAGGCCUACCUCUCACUGCACCCGCAGAUGCUGGAUGACUUUGUGUUGGAGAGUGUGAGUGCAGAGACGUUGGACAGAUGGUUGAAGAGGAAGACCAGCAGCAGGCCUGCAGAUGACACAUCAUCUAAAGAAGUCACUAGGCAGUACCAGGACACAAAUAUGCAGGGUGUGGUGUAUGAACUCAACAGCUACAUGGAGCAGCGCCUGGACACUGGAGGAGACAACAAACUCCUGCUCUAUGAGUUGUCCAACAUCAUCAAAACAGCAACAAAAGCUGAUGGUUUCGCACUUUACUUCCUGGGAGAAUGCAACAAUAGUUUAUGUUUAUUUACUCCAACGGGGGCCAAGGAUGGCCCUCCAAGCCUCGUUCCCUCUGGCCCCAUUGCAUUUGGGACAACCAUUGCCGCUUAUGUUGCCAAGACUCGCAAAACACUGCUAGUAGAGGACAUCAUGGGGGACGAGCGAUUCCCCGACGGCACAGGGCAGGACUCAGGGAUACAUGUUCACUCUGUCCUGUGCCUCCCCAUCCUCACUGCCAUUGGGGACCUCAUUGCCAUCCUGGAGCUGCAUCGGCAUUGGGGCAAGGAGCCCUUCAAUCUCAGCCACCAGGAGGUUGCAACUGCUAACCUAGCCUGGGCAUCAAUUGCCAUUUACCAAGUACAGGUGUGCAGAGGCCUUGCCAAACAGACUGAGCUCAAUGACUUCCUACUAGAUGUGUCAAAAACAUACUUUGAUAACAUUGUGGCAAUAGAUUCUCUACUUGAACAUAUUAUGAUAUAUGCAAAAAACCUGGUGAAUGCAGACAGGUGUGCACUCUUCCAGGUAGAUCACAACAACAAAGAACUGUACUCAGACCUGUUCGACAUAGGGGAGGAGAAAGAAGGCAAACCUGUCUUUAGGAAAACCAAAGAAAUUAGGUUUUCUAUAGACAAGGGCAUAGCCGGCCAAGUGGCUCAGACAGGGGAAGUCUUAAAUAUCCCAGAUGCCUAUGCAGACCCACGGUUCAACCGAGAGGUAGACCUCAAAACUGGCUACACCACGCGGAACAUCCUGUGCAUGCCCAUUGUGAGCAGGGGGACCGUUAUAGGUGUGGUGCAGAUGGUGAACAAGUUAAGCGGAAGUGCCUUCACUAAAACAGAUGAGAACAACUUUAAGAUGUUUGCUGUCUUUUGUGCUCUGGCCUUACACUGUGCAAAUAUGUACCACAGGAUCCGGCACUCUGAAUGCAUUUACAGAGUGACGAUGGAAAAACUGUCUUAUCACAGUAUCUGCACGUCAGAAGAGUGGAAGACCCUUACCCAGCUCAAUCUCCCUGCACCCAUUUAUAAGGAAAUUGAAACGUUCCACUUUGACAUCAAUCCCUUUGAGGAGAUCUGGCCUGCUGUCUUUAUCUACAUGAUUCAUAACUCCUGUGGAAAAACCAGCUUUGAGCUGGAGAAACUAUGUAGGUUCACCAUGUCUGUACGGAAGAACUACCGUCGUGUGCCGUACCACAAUUGGAAACAUGCAGUGACAGUUGCACACUGUAUGUACGCCAUCCUACAGAAAACCACUGGGAUCUUCACGGAGCUAGAGAAGAAGGGUUUGUUAAUAGCCUGCCUAUGCCAUGACCUGGAUCAUCGGGGUUACAGCAAUGCAUACCUGCAGAAAUUUGACCAUCCACUGGCUGCUCUGUACUCCACCUCCACCAUGGAGCAGCACCACUUCUCUCAGACCGUCUCCAUCCUGCAGCUGGAAGGGCACAAUAUUUUCUCCAACCUGAAUUCCAGCGAGUACGAACAAGUACUGGAGAUCAUCCGAAAGGCCAUUAUUGCCACCGACCUCGCCCUGUACUUCAACAAUCACCAGCAGCUGUCUGAGCUUCUGACUGUGGGUGCACUGGACCUGAACAACCACUCACACAGGGACCGUGUUAUUGGUCUGAUGAUGACAGCAUGUGACCUGUGUUCUGUUACAAAGCAGUGGCAAAUCACACGACUCACAGCCAACGACAUCUAUGCUGAGUUCUGGGCUGAGGGAGACGAGAUGAAGAAGAUUGGAAUUCAGCCAAUCCCAAUGAUGGACAGAGACAAGAAAGAUGAGGUCCCGCAAGGCCAAGUGGGAUUCUACAACUCUGUCGCAAUUCCAUGCUACACAACGCUAGCAGAGCUUUUCCCUCCAUCUGGUCCACUUUUAAAAGCCUGCAAGGACAACCUGGACCACUGGGAGCAGAUAGCACGAGGAGAGGUGGAGGACAUUGUGCCCAUCCGGCCUUGUGAUUCAGGCCCUGUCAAGGUUGAUAACUGACUACCAAAGGGGUUGCUGGCCCACCAAAGGAAUAAAACCUGAAUCCUGCCACGGACCCGGAACUUUGAUGGGGUAGGGAGGGCAACCCACAUCCUGUGUCAGCAGGAGUUGGAUUAGCUAAAAGCGACUUUGAAAACACACAGUUACCUCAUUGGGUGACGGAGGUGUCAACACUGACGGUUUCACCGAUCCCAGAGACUGACAUAUUCGUUGGGGAGGGACUUCAGCCCAUCACCCUGCGUGCUUUCAGCUUGGGAAUUCAUUUGGUAGAAUGGACUUCUGUAUUUUGUUUAAUUUUAGUUUUAUGGUUUUGUUUUUGUUUUUUUUGUAUGAUUUUCUCUCUUUGCGCUGAUUUCUUUAUGGUCUUGUAUUUGCUGAGGCCUUAACUCUGGACCUUUCAAAGGCUAGGAUAUGUGAAAUCUUGUCAGUUCCUGUCAAGCUCUUUUGAAAUGGUACUGUUAGCCUUCUGUGGUAAGUUUAUUGUAUGCGCACUACUUCAGCAAGGUAUUUCCAGAGACAGAAGGAAUGUGUAGAGCAGAUUUUAUGGUGAAAUGACACCUUAUUGAGAAGGUGAACAUUAGAAUGUUUUUUUUUUUUAUUACUUUUUGAGCAAAAAUGCUUUGCAGUACUUGAAUAAAUACAUACAGCCUAUUCCAUGUGGAGAGUGCAGAAAUCCCCAAGAAAUAUGGAUAAAUGAUGAUGAGAGGCGUUAGAUAAUUUGACACAUGUGAAUACAGUCACAAGAGUCCCAAUGUUUGAAUCUGAGGUGGACUCUGCAACCCUUGAACCCCCAAGAAUUUAAAACACCUGCUGCACCACUAUUUUGCUGAUCAACAGGAUUCAACCCCAAAUCAAUUUUCUUAAGCCAAGACUGUGUAUAAUUUAAUUUCUCCUCUCAUCUUUCCAUGCCACUAUAUAUAUAUAUAUAUAUAUAUAUAUAUAUAUAUAUAUAUAUAUAUAUAUAUAUAUAAAAGAUGAUGAUAAGAGAAGGUAGCAGCCUGUGGUUUGUGAUGUUUUCUCUUUUUUUCCUGUUUUUGAAAUAGGCAGACAGGAUUAAAGACACUGAAGUAUCACACAGCUUCUUAUCCUCCAAUUUCCUGAAACCUGCUAAGCAUGUCCAUCUCAGGGAUUGCAACUCAAGGGUGUUGUUUGACUUUUGCCUGCACGUGACUGAGGGUUCCUUCAUAUCCAAGACCCAUCCAGGGAUAUAAUGCUCAUUUUCCAACAUCAUGCUAGGGGACACUCUUUCAAAUGAGUUUCCAAGAUCUUCCAAAAGACAAAUCCUUUUGUCUGAAUCUGUCAUUUCAAUGGACAACAUCCCACCAAGACUGACAUUUCCGCUUGUCUUUUAUUUGUUAUUGUGUAUGUGUAUGAUUGGUACUGUGCCCCCACCCCUUCCGCAAUGUAGUGAAUGUACAUUUAAAUGAAUAUUUUGUUGACUGCAGGUUCUCUGCAGUGGUAUGUGGGUUAGUGCGCCAUUGGUUUCCCCCAUGUGCUCUGUCUUAUUUUUCUAAAUCGCUUCCAGUAAGCUUCAACCAAGAGCAACAAUUAGUAUGCACCUUACCUGAAGUUUAUAUAUAACUUUGCAUAUAUGGUAAUAGGAGUGUAGUGUGUACAAUCUAGAAAUUAGUUUGUACAGACUGAGAUAUAUGCUCUGAUGGUGCUAAAUAGAUUGGCAGUCGUGCACUUUUCUGACUGAAUGUGUGUGUGUGUGUGUGUGCGUGUGUGUGCGUGUGUGUGUGUGUGUGAGAGAGAGAGCGAGAGAGAGACAGCUUUUUCUCUUUUAUUCACUCCAACCCCACCUGACAUCAUGGUAAAGUCACUGCACUGUCCCUUCUGCUUUUCAGCACCAGUUAUAUCCCACUGUCUGCACUAUGUUUAGCUUAUGAUCUUUAUCAUUAUUAUUAUUAUUGCUAUUAUUACUAUUGUUAUUUUCUUAAUUAGAGUUAAAUUUAAAUUAACUUAUAUUUUUUAUACAAAGAAAAAUAAUGUUGGCCUUUUUGUUUUGUACAAAGUAAACAUUAAGAUAAAUUAAACAGUCUAGACAUGUUACUGUUACCCAGAAUAACUGAGGAAUGUCUCAACUGUAAAUGUAAGAGCCGUAGCCCAAAUGACUUUUAUUAAAUAUAUCUCUA